UGCCUGAGAACACAAAAGCCAGUAGCCCAGGUCCGGCCUGGCCGCCCGGUCUCCCGCGGGAGAGCCGCGUUCUCGGCGGCCGGGAACCUUGUGUGCCCGGGUCUGGCUGCCGGGCGGCGCGCAGGGAAGCUUUUCAGCGUGGGACCGCGAGACGCCGCUUGUAAACAGAGCCGGGUGGGUGGUCGGAUGCGCUGUGGCGGCUGAGCAGGUGGAAGCGCUGGCGGCCUCCAGGAAGCCCGCAGGCCCCGCAGGGUCUACUGAGCUGCCCAGCUUGGCCUUGAGUUUACAAUCUUCCUGCCUCAGCCUGCAGAGUGGCUAGGAUUAUGCUGUGUACCACCAUGCCCAGCCUGUGACAGGAAAUUGAGGAUUGAUGUGGCCUCGGUUUGACAAGAACUACCUUGCUGUUUUCACUGAAGAAUAAGCUCAAAGGAACAUUUGUCUUUCCAUGGUUCUGUUACUAGCAAAUAUUUUCAGUGCCCAGGAAAACACAAUCCACUGUUACAUUUGACCUGCUCUAGGUAGCCCAACAAAGGUUCCUCUCCACUCUUUCCGCAGCUGUAUUGCACAAUCACCUGUCGUUGUUGGGUGAAUGUUGGUGAAGGCCUUCCCUGCACCAUCUUGAGAGGCGUAAGCCUCUUGGAACCUGUGACAUGGAAGCUUUGGAAGUGGAUGAUAUCAGCCCAGCCUUAGAGGUUACUGAGGAUUUCUUUAGUACUUUUGACAGUAAGCUAGAAAAGGCUGUGCAGCAUGCAGAGGUUUAUAGGAUUCAGGAAGUCCCUGAACUGGUGGGGCAGGAGGUACUCAGUAAUAUAACAGACAAUAGUGCCAUGAGAACCACUGCCUCCCUGGGCAAAGGGAGCAUGAUUUGGGAGCACUGUAAGAGCAGGCUCUUAGAAACCAAUGCUCAGGAUGUCUUUCCUGCCAAAGAACAGUUUGUGAUCCAGAGAGGCACAACCCCAGAUAAUCUAUCCUGGAUGGAACAAAAAGAAACAUCAACGUUUAAUUUUUUCAAUAUCUGUCAGCGUCGGAGGGACAGACCUCGUUCUGUGAAUGACUUACUGGAUGAGACCUCUACUUUCAAGCCAGGGCAUGCUCGAUCAAGAUCAGAUGUUACCCAAGCAGACUGGCGAGUUGUUCUCAAAACCAUGCCUUUGCAGCAACAGCAGCAGCCCUCUCUUCAGGGUCCUCACGUCACCAGGCCCUCGUUCCUGUUGUCCUCACCACGUAAAGUAGAAGAUGCUCUAGGAAAUACUGAGCACAAACAGACAUUCCCAAACAUUCUGAAGAAGGGUUACCUGGAUAUUAGGAAGGACCACGACAGUUACUGGCAAAGCUGUUACGCAGAACUCUCGCCCUAUAACUUAUACUUCUACAGUCUUGACAGCAGUGGGAAUCAAAACCUCUAUGCCACGUACCAGCUGUCACACUUCCAGAGCAUAUCAGUCUUGGGUCACCUUGAGGCCAGGAUGGUGGAUGCUGUCCUCUGUGACAACACUCAGCUGCAGCUGAAGGCAGAGUCGCCGUGGGAGGCUUUGGACUGGGGGCAGAAGCUCUGGGAGGUCGUGCACGCUGCCGUGCCUGGUUACGUGGGCCAGCAGGAUGAGCUGGUGAACUCACUGGGGCUCAGCCAUCAUGUGACCUGUACGCAGAAUCAGUGUUUACAGAAGAAAGCCAAUGGACUGCCACCAUCAUCCCCUGUCUUGGACAGCCCCAAGCAGUACCAAAACAUCCUCAAAUCAGGGACACUCUACAGACUAACUGUCCAGAACAACUGGAAGGCAUUUACAUUUGUGCUAAGCAAGGCCUACCUUACGGCCUUUCAGCCAGGCAAGCUAGAUGAGGAUCCCCUGUUGAGCUACAACGUAGAUGUGUGUCUGGCUGUCCAGAUAGACCACCUGGAUGGCUGUGACUCUUGCUUUCAAGUCAUUUUCCCCCAGGAUGUCCUCCGCCUCCGAGCCGAGACCCGGCAGAGGGCUCAGGAGUGGAUGGAGGCGCUGAAGACAGCUGCCAAUGUAGCCAGGAGUUCAGAGCAGAACCUGCAAGUCACACUGAGGAGUAAACCCAAGGAUCAGAUGGGCGGGCACGAACUCAGGAAGAGCAAACGCCAGUCUGUGACCACCAGCUUCCUGAGCAUCCUGACGACUUUGUCUUUGGAGCGCGGACUCACUGCUCAGUGUUUCAAAUGCGCAGGAUGCCAGCGCUCUAUAGGCCUUUCCAAUGGGAAAGCCAAGGUCUGCAAUUACAGCGGGUGGUACUACUGCAGCAGCUGCCAUGUGGACGACAGCUUCCUUAUCCCAGCUCGCAUAGUGCACAACUGGGAUACUUCGAAGUAUAAGGUGUCUAAGCAGGCCAAAGAGUUCCUGGAGUAUGUGUAUGAAGAGCCCCUGAUCGACAUCCAGCAGGAGAACCCCAUGCUGUACCUUCAUGCCGAGCCACUGGCCACUGUGGUGCGCCUGCGGCAGCAGCUAAAAUCACUGAGAGCCUAUUUGUUCAGCUGCCGGGCAGCGGUCGCUGAGGAUCUGCGUCGCAGAAUCUUCCCCCGAGAAUACCUCCUUCAGCAGAUCCACCUGUACUCCCUCGCUGACCUGCAGCAGGUGCCAUCAAAAGUACAGUGAGUGCUGCUGCUGUGUGUCAUCCAGUGGAAAGGCAGGAUUGCAGAAACAUGACAGUGUGUUCUCAUCCACCCUGUUCACCAGACCUGCCACCACGUAACGUCCAGCACUUCCCCAUGGUCAAAAUGACCAUGAAAGAUAAAUGCUCUGAAUGGAUUUUGGACAUCAAAGCAGCCACAACAGCACAACUAAAGAUAAUCACAAAGAGGACUUCAAGAAGGUGUGGUGUGGUUGAAGGGAGCAGAAUAUACUGAGGAGCCUUAAUAGAAACAUUAUCUUUUGCUGGAAUGAAUAUUCUUAAAGUCUCGCUUUAUACAGUACUCUCAGUGUCUUAGCCUUCCCCUUGCCCUGUUGAGUAUGUGAGAAACCAUCACUUUCCCUUGGCUCUUUUAACACUGGUAAGGAAUUUCCAAAUUUUACUAGUAGAAUACCUGGACCUAUGUAAAUUACUGUUCAAGAACUCUUAGUUCUAACAGAGCAAAUCAGAAUCUUGGUGUAAUGUGUUAUUUCUUAGACUAUAAAUGAUAGGAAAAUUCUUCUAAAGUUCCUUCUACUUACUGAAAGAAAAGGUCAGAUUGGACUUGUAAAUUUUGACUACCAAUAUUAUUGUGACAAAACCUAAACUGCAGGAAGAACUCUUCUGGUGUUACUUCCUUUGGGGCAUUUGUCAGUUAAGCAGUGAAUGUCAGUUAUGCGUGUUUGUUUGUGCCCAGUGGUCCCAAGGGUGAGGCAUUUGGUUAGAGUGGCCCCUUCUCUUCAUCUGUUCACCUACACCUGGCCCUUACACACCCCUUUUGGCAAACAAUCUAAGCAGCUUUGUCAUGCAUCAUUCACCUUCCUUGGGGCCAGAAUUUCCAAAAUGGACCCUGCCUUUAGAUUAAGGCAGUUUAGGUUCUGGUAACAACAUAAAAUUAUCGAAGAAGAGUAAAGUAUUACUUUGGCCCGAAUUCGUUUUUCCUUAAUAUGUUGAAAACACAACAUAAUAUUUCAAAGGAAAGACAUCAAGUGAUUUUAAUCAUGAAAACAGAUGGAAGGGAAAGUCCAGAAUUCAGAGUAAAGAUAUGUAACGUGGGAAGGAUGCCAAAAGGGUAAAGCACAGCAUGGAGACCCAUGAAGAAAGAAGAAAUCCAAUGUACACUAUCUUUCUGGAGUUGUCUAGAAUGGUCCCAACUGCUUGUCUUACAUGACAGUAGUAGUGAAGGCAUGUAUGAAACAACUUACACAUAACUCACAGAGCAUUUGGCCACUGGAUGGAUGGACAAAUGGAUAUAUACAUAUGUACACAUUCCCUCUCGAACUCACUUGCUCUCCCCACAAAGAAAAGCAAACUAAUUACUGUUAUGCGCUAAACAAAACAAAUGCCCAUCUAUGAAAUCCCCACCACCACCACAACAAAAAAAAAAUGGUUUUUGUACAUCAGAAUAAUGGUGAGUUGUCUAAUGUUGUAAACUUUUGCAUACCCAGGAGACAUUCUUGAACAGCUAACUUCUCCAUUCAGUUUUUUGCUAGUCCGCAUACCAACAUAGCUCAGGAGUUGUCAUCUGUGUGACCUAAACCGCUGUCAGAACUGGCCCCUACAGAAAUGCUGCACAGCAUUUUGCUCUGAGGAAACUCAAGGCUUCCUAGUGUGUUCUAGCAAGUGAAUAGUGUCCCUAAAAGGCAAUGUUCAAGGCAUUUUGAGACCACUUUUUGAAAACACUUUGCAGAAUUCUUCAAAGAUGUUAUGUAAAUUAUUCUGCAUCUCCCUGCCUGCCAAGCAAGCACACACUGAGAGGACCUUGCUGUCUGUGGGCACUCUUCACAGAGGGGCAAACAAAGGCCAGGCCUAAGUGUGCACCCAAGCACAGCCAUCCUUUCACGGAAAAAGCAACAGGUGAUGACCUUUAGUGACAGAGGGGUUGACAUCUUUGAAUCCACAACCUACAGAAACACAGUGCCCACAACCAACUCACCAGUCCCCAAGCCUCAGGAGCCCAAGGGACUUGUAUUCAUAGCCUCUCAGUUCCCUGAUCCUGCACCAUUGUCCACCCAAGCAUUAGUAGGCAGGACAACUAAUUAGGAGCAUUCCGAUUUAACAAGCAGAAAAACAAAGCAUGACAGCUUGCUUGUGUCUGCAGUCGCCACAUUGCCUUCAGAAACCCAUGAACACAGUCUGGGGCAGGACACGAAUGAGCCUCCAAUAAAACACCACUAAAUCUGUCAGCUGCUUUAGCCAGGGUGGAUCCAACCAAUUAACAAGCUAGGAAAAAGGAUCAUACAUUAUUUGGAGAUCAACUUAUGCCUUUUAAAUAAGUGAAUUUUUACAAAAUGAAUGUGUAUUUCUGUCGAAGAGCUUUCCUGGGUGGAGGGAAAGGAUUAAAUGUUAUUCUUUGAAGGCUCGACUGGUUGGCAGUAGAGCAAAUGGGAAGUCACUGCUUCUCAGGAAGGCAGGUGUCUCUUGAGAAUGUUCUGAGCAACAUGUGCCUCAUGCUCAGAUUCUCAGGCCAUUGCAGAUCUUGUGGGAGUGGAAAGGGCAGAGUGGCAAGUGCUAGGGACCAGAGCCAGACCAGAGAUCUUUAGUCUCUGGCUUCCUUACCACCAGUCCUAGCUACUGGGCAUUUAUAUUUUGCUGUGGAUGGCAGUUAGCUGAGGGGUUAAAGCAGGUGGUUAACAUGGUGAUGGUACAGAUUAUUAGUUACACACACUAGUUAGUCUUUGCCCUGUUCUAUAGACUCAGCUACCCAACUAUAGUCUGGUUCACAGACAUACUAAAGGAUUGGGAGAUGUGGUAGAGACAGUGACCGAAAAUGUAGGUAGCUAAGCACAAAGUUACUGCCCUUUCAGGAAAACCAGACCAGGAAGAUGAGCCAGUGUGAGAGUAGUGGACAGACAGCCCCAUUGUCCAGGUGGUAAAUGAAAGGAUUUUGCCCUGAAUGGGAAGCUGCAGCAGUGGGAGGCUGGGAGGCGGAACCAAGGGGCUCUAUCUUGAGGUCACCUUUCCCGCCCCUAAGCAAUUUACCUGUGGCGCGAAAUAAAUUCCAAUGGGUUACCUGUGCAUCAGUAAUGCCCCUUAGGCACCACGCCAAACCUAAGCUAUAAAUGCCCCCACACCACGUGUGGGGCAGAGAGAAAGCCAGACCCCGGAGGUCAUGGAGUUUCUCUCCACAUUCUUAAAGGCCACUUUUAUUUCAUAUUUCUUAUCUUUUUAGCCACGCCGAAAAUUCUAUCAGUAAAGAGGUCAGCCUAGGCUCCCAAAAGCCCUCAGGCACGAGCAGCAUGGAGUGGAUUAGGGUGCAGCUACGGAGCUAGAUGGUGUCUACUGGUGCCAAGGUCACUUUCCAGGAGCUCAGUUUCCUGUUUUCCACUUCUAUUUUGGCUUCCAGUCAUCUGGGUGUUGUCAUUCUUUUGGCUUUGUGUGCUUACCUAUUUAUUUUUUUUAAAAGUCAUAAUGCCGGGGCUGGAGAUUUAGCUCAGCAGCAUAAGCGCCUGCCUCGCAAGCAGGCAGUUGUGAGUUCAAUCCCUGGUACAGAUAAAAACGAAAAAGACAAAAAAAAAGUCAUAAUGCCUACGUCUAGUACCUAUAAUACCAUAAGGCAUAAAGACCUGUUUCUAAAGAAUAUUUACUAAACAUCCAGUGUAGGGGUUAGUGGUUUUGCUAGUAGGGGAACUAGACUGGUCCUUGCCCAACUGCUGAGCCUGCUAUCUCAGCCUGCAGAAUGUUAUAGACCUCAGGGGCAGGUGAGAAAGGAUUUGGGUCAAAAUCAACUCGUUUCAUAUUCAGAGAAAUGGAAAUGCCUACUAUUUUAUCAUUUGGUUGUCAUUUGUAUAUUAGUUAGCUAUUGCUAUUACUCCAAAAAUUUCAUAACUUAUAGUAUGAGUGAACAGUUACAUUCUCUCAUGGUUUUUACGGGUUGGGAACAGCAGAUUGGUGUAGUGAGACAGUGUGGAGUCUGUGGGGUCUGUUUUGAGAUUGUGAGCUAGAUGUUAAGGCUGCAGGUACCAACUACAGCUGAGGGUGGGCCACGCCCACAGCUGCAUGGCAAAGCUAGUAGUUCACAGGAGGCCUGCUUCCCCUACGCGGCCGCUCCACAAGCACUUGUUAGUCCUCAUGAGGUGGUCUGACAGAGCGAAAGCCAAGUGAGGCAUCCUUUGUGUGGAAGGUAUGGUCACCUCAUCUGCUACAUUCCCUUCAUUAGGAAUGUGCCACGAAAGCGGGCUCCAGUAGCAAAAUUAACCACUAAGUCUGGCCUGUAUUUAAGGAGAGGAGAACUAGUUUCUACCUUUUAAAAGACAUUGUAAGAAUAUAUGUACAUAUUUUUAAGCCAUCACAAUCUAUAAUAAUAGCACCUAAUAUCUUCAUAUCGUUUUACACAUUAAAAAGCAUUAUUUGUCAGACAGCUUUGUGAGAUAAGCCUGCCUUUUUAAAAUGCUCAUUUUAUAGGCAAAAAUAUUAAGACACAGAAAAAUUAGCUAGCUUACCAAGGCUAUAUAGCUUCUGCUAAGUGACUGGACCCAGGUUGAAGGCCAGGCUCUCUGACUCCGGGACACUUUCUGUUAUAUCAGAUGGAUGAAUAUGCAUUUAAAAAAAAAGCAGGCAGCCUCUUGAGUGAUCUCAUACUUCCCAUGUUUAUGACACAGAGAUACUCAAAGACUGAAUAAAAUAUUUUCAAAAGCACAAGAAAAGGAAAAUACAAAGUCAGUCAUAAUUUUAGUUACUUCCUAUCCACAGCCAGGGAGACAUCAGAAAGCAAAAGCUCCCUUGUCACAUGUGAUACACUCACAGGGAAUGGCCUUGGGCCCCAGCAAUGCGUUUUGGCACACUUUCCUCACCUUUCAUUGUCACAUUUCCCUUGGUCACAUUUCCCUUCUGCCACCGCAAGCAGCAUGAGAGGAGGCCCCAAGAGUCCUGCUCCUCCCUUCCUGUUCCGUUCAGAUCAACAAGUGUAUGUUGAAGGCCUUCUGUGUCAGGCACUGUGCAAGGAGCAGAGGGGAUAAAGGUGAAUCGGUCAGUUUUUUCUCGCACUGAGUUCAAUAAAGUGAGAGGCAGGCCUCCUUCUUUCUUUCUUUUUUUUAGUCAGUGGCAUUGACAGAAUCUCUGGAAGCACAUCUAACCUGGUGUGGGAGACUGUUUUGCAAAGACAACCACAACAAUGUCUCCCAUCCCACAUGCCUUUCUUUGACUGUGACUUUGACACUUUUCCCAUUGAAAGGUAGAGUCUUUGUUCCUUUUCCCAGAUUUUGAGUGGGCCCAUGACCAUAAAAGUGUUGAUAAUAUGAUUCCCAAGGCCAAGUCCUAAAAGGAGAUAAAGCUUCACCUUAUGCUCUGGUGACACUCCUGGAAGCCUAGACGAGGCCAUUCAGAACUGCACAGCCAGGCCACACACAUGUAGGCCCUGUAACUGACAACUCGGCUGAGCCAGAGCUGCCAGCUGAAACCCACCUCUGGACACGUGAAUGAAAGCCCCUUUAAAGGACCAACUCCCAGCCUGCAGGAUUUCCUGGUCAAGGCUACAGAUGGAGUGGAGACAAGCUCUCUCCACCAUGUCCUACCUGAACUCCUGACCUACAGAAUCUGUGAGCAUAAUAAAUGAUUGUUUUACACCACUAGAUUUGGGAUAAUUUGUUUUGCAGCAAUAGUAACCGGAACAUCCAGUAAUUUGGCUGUCAGGAAAGGCUUCCUGCAGGCUAUGAUUAUAAGUUAAGAUGUAGGCCCUGUAGAUGAAAGCCAGGCAGACAGGAAUCGGGGAGGACUGUCAGGGUUUGGUGCCCUCAAACCCCUUACGGAUCUGAUCUGUGGUAUUUCUCUCAUGGAGACAAGCAGGAGAUAUUUUUUCAUUAACUUUGCUAUUUCUAAAGGACGUUCUGUCUGUAUGUUUCAGGAUUAUUUAGAUAAAUUAUCUCAACAAAACUUUCAGGCAAUGAACGUAUACAUGAAGCGUAAACCAAAGUGUACGUCAUGAAACUCCUCCUGGCUGGGGGUUUUCUCCAAAAUAAUUAAUUCCUUCAGCAAAUAUAUAUUAAGCACAUACUAGUCCUGAAACUGAGAGUUCAUUUUCAGAAAAGGUCCUGGGAUGCUUUCUGAUCGUGACCAAACUGUGGUGCUCUGCUGUGCGGUAGUAACUUCUAGAGUACUAGCAGAGUACUUCUAGUGCCUAGCAGUGUCCCCUGGGGUUGGACUCCUCAGAGCCUCUUGCCAACCAUCCCAUGUUUGUAGUAGGUCUUAGGGGACCCGAAGAAUAACAAGGCCCUGAACAGAGGCCUGCACUUCGGUCUGUGCUCCCCUGACUCUGAGGAGGAACAGGCAUGCUGGUGGGGCAGCUUUUCCUAUUGCUGUCUGGUUUUUAAUUCUUGGUCGAGUUCUAGUGAGCCAUCCACACAUUUGUUCCUGGACCGGGUUAGGAAUUGGUUGUGGCAUCCAGGAAGAGCUUUAUAACACAACAAAUAAAAUGCCUAGGAAGCAGCAGCUGGUCACUCACAAGACUGCCAGGGCUUUCUUAAGCCUGGACUCCUGUGGCAGGCACACUGGUUUCUCACUCAGAUAUGUACAGUCUUCUUUUAAGCUAGUCCUUCGUGUAUGCAUCCAUAUAAGAGGAAAGCAACAGACAUCCAUUAUGUGUCAGGCACUUACUGUGGCAGGGCCAGGGUAGAAAACUGACUCAGAACUCAAUCUCCUCUGGGUCUGCUGUAGAGGGGCAGACUAGCAAUCUUUUCCACAUUUUAAAGAAGAGAAGUGUGGCUCUUAACAGAGCUGUGUCACCUGGGAUUCCUGCGGAGGCCACAGGAGUGGCAUUGGUGCCCAGAGUAUACCUGGGAUGAGACCUCAGAGUGUGACCAUGAAUCAGGGCAUCUCUCAGAAGAGGGCAGCCGUUAUUUAGCAGCCCUAGAGUCAUCAGCACUGCCCAUUUUCUAAGAGAAGCCGGAAAUCCGUAUUUUUAUGUGAAAUUUCUCAAUAUUUAAACACUCGGCAGGCCAAACAAAACACAGCCACCAGUUUUGACCUCUGCUUUAUAAUAGAGAAUGCCUGCUUUUGUUCUGUCAAGCUAAUGAAUGCUCAAUUACGAGAAAGAAUUUGGAGGUUAGUAUGAGCUUGUGCUCCUCAAUAGGCUGCAGGCCCCAUCCCAGACUCUUGAGAUACUAAUUGACAGACUUGCACAGGCUGACAGCUGGCUCUGAAAGUGGAUACACACAAGGAAGUGGGCAAGCUAUUCCAGGUCACCCUGCAAGGUCAGGGCAGCAAUGCAAACAUUAGGAAGGCUGUAGACAGAGGUCAGGUGGCAGAAAGGAAGCUGCACAGUUCCUCAAGCUGUUGGUUAAUAAAUCAUAUUCGAAAGGCAUCAGCAGCCUCCUUACCACCUGGCAUUGCUUUGUGAGGUGGAAAAUUAAAUAGAAAUCAAAAUUAAGAUGCUGUCGGGAGGUUUUAGGAGGCCAUCUCACCAGUGUGGAGCCAACACGGGAUGAUGGAGUUUCUGCCUGGAGCAAAGGUCUCUGGAGAGGUGAUGAUACCUGAUGCUGGGCAUCACAGACAGCCUGGCCACUGCCAUGCUUUCCCAGAAGAAUCAGAGGUUACCUGCCCAUGCUCGAUGCCAGCAUGCUGCAGGUGCACCAAGUGCCUUGAGCAAGUCACUUCUCAUCAGCCUCAAGCGUUUCACCUCUGAAGUGAAACAGUUCCUGCCCCAACAGAAUCAGUAUGGGCAGCGCUUAGAGCUAAGCCUGACUCACAGGGGUGAGAAGACCAGGCUUUACUAGUGUACAAGUAUCAGCAUUCAUGUUGCUGGGAGAUGUGGAGCUUCCUUCAGCAUCACCAAGAUACCACAUCUGUGUGCACUAGAUUGCAGCUGUCGCCUUGGAAAUCAUGUAGGCUAUAUCCCGAUUUUGCUCAUCAGAUUCUGCAAGGAAAUCUAGGCUGCAGGGGCCUUUUGUAGCCCAUUUUGCCAUCACCACCUGGAGUAGCAUGUCUGUAGGGAAGCUACACAGCCCUGCACAGGCACCUUCCUGCUUUCUGCCUGGUCCUGAACUCGCACUCAGACAGCCCUUGGCUCACCAGAGCGAGGCACAUGCUGCACCCAGCUCUCCCCCUCCCUGUGCUUUUGCCAAGAGGCCUCUGGAGGUUGCAUCCACAGGUGGGUUUUGCCUUGCUGAAAAAGAUAACUGCCUUCCACACCUGUUUCUCUGGAGAAUGCAUUUGGUGAACUGGGCACAGUUCUGAAUUUUAACAAAAUUACAAGUUUUAUGGAAUCGUAGAGUUCACAUUUUUUUGCCUAAGGAAAACCACCAAGUCUGUAUUGCUUCUGCACCUCUAGAAGCAGCUUACCAGACUGAAACACUGGCAGGAAUGAAAAGAAGCCCUGUUUCUCCCCACCUGCAAUUACAGUUUUACCAGCUUGUAAAGCACACACAGAAUGUGCAGCACAUUCUUCCCUUGCAGUAGGGGAGAGGCCCUGCUGUGAAUGUAAUUGGCUUUCUAGCUUCCUCUGACGCUGAGGUGCAAGGAGCUGGACUGAAGGGCCUUUGCUCUUCGAAUUAACUCACAUUGAAUCGUGUUUAAAUUCCAGGCAUCUCCCUGAAUCCAUGUGUCCAUUAAGUCUUAAUGAGACAUGGAAACAUAGCUUAGCUCUGGAAAUACCUCAUCCCUGUCAUUUCUUAGCACUUUGUAAAAGCUGGGUUUCUUUCUUUUUUUAAAGGAGUUUUUAAAAUUUAACUUUUGUAGGGAUUAUUUUGACCCUGUUAACCCCCGUUAAAGAUACAUGGCAUUUGUGUGUGACAGAUUCAUACAGUACAUCCCCUUUGGACCUUUUCUCUCUUUCUCUCUCUGGCUUUGGCUUUGCAGGAUUAUCUGUUCUCAAGAAAUGGUCCACAGGCAUACAUUUGGAUAGCAAGUUUCCUCAUUUAUAAAAUGAGAAGGUUGAAUUAAGCAAUCUUAUAACUCUUCCUAGCUCCUAGCCCCAGUUCUGUGAUUUUAUGAUUGCUGAGAAGCAACUGAAAGGUAGAGGUCCCUCGGCAUGCAUCUCCUUUCUGGGGAUUCCAGCCAGUGUGCACGAAGCAGCCAGGUGUGGCUGGCACUGGAGUGAGUCGGGUCUCCAGCACUGAGCGCAGCACCUCGGUUCUACAGACAGGAACAAGCUUUCUAUUUGCCAAUGGCCAAUGGUUUCACAUUUUUCUUUCAGCAGCACUUUUAAGCAUUUUCACAGAUAUAGUCUGAAGGACUGUUUGAAAAAACUAGUUAAAUAUGUAAUCCUGCUGUCACUUCACUAUGGGAAUGUUUUCUGAGAAGUGCAUGGUGUGGCAGUUGCCCUAUUUUGAGAACCUCAUGGAUUGUUUGUGCACACACCUAAAACGUACAAGUCUGUCAGAUGACAGAGCCUCUUGGUACAGUCAAAAGACUCAGUGAGGCAACUUUCAACAUAACCCACCACAUUGUAAACCUUUUUUUAAAAAUUAUUAUUGGGUGUUUGUUCUUGUUUUGUUUUGGCAGGGUCUCAUUGCAUAGUUCAGGCAAGCCUUGAACUCACUACAUAGUCCAGGCUUCCCUUGAACUUGCAGCAGUCCUCCUGCCUCAGCUUCUCAAGUGCUGCACUUUUUUAAAAAAUAAGUAUAGUAAAUACAUAAACAGGCAAUGCAGUCAUUUACAGUCAUCAAGUAUUGUGCACUGUUCAUACUGUAUAUGCUUUAUAGUUCCAUAUUGCUUACCAGUGGGUGUUUGAGAAGUGCACCGUUAGACUGUUUUGUCACUGUGCAUACAUCAUGGAGUAUGCUUUGCAAACUUCAAUGGCUAAGUACAUCGCUGGGUGAUAUGAUCUUUUGGGACCACCAUCAUAUUUGUGGUCGGCUGCUGACUAAAACAUCUUUUAGUAACAGCUUGAUUGUACUGAUUCUUAUUCUUUGACAACAUUAUCAUCUUAAUACCUUACUAUCCAAUGGCAGUUACUAUCCAAUGGCAUUGUAUGCUAUGUAAGGACAUAGUGCAUAAAAGUUGGCCAAUACAAAAAAGUGUGUGGAAGAUAACAUGGCAUCUAGUAGAUUUUGUAAUGAAACAAGCAACACCAGUCAGGUUGCUGUUUACCAUGUGUACGCGGAAGCUCACAGCAGAGAGCAUUUUAUAGGCUAGUCGUGCAAGAGGUGAGCUCAGGAGACAUUAAGAGCACGGCGUAUCCUCAGAGAAGGUUUUAGAGCUGAGGAAUAAAGAUCAGAGGAAGGGGACUGAAAAGAUUCCUGGCUGGAGCAGAGGUCAAGGGUGUGGAGAGAAAGUAGGCGAGGCAAUUGCAGGUAAUAAAACUACUGAUCUGAAUUUCUCCUUUCUCUGCUUACUGCCUGCUGGGGACAAGGAUCCAUCUGGGGCAGAGUGGAGAAAGGAGUGAGAAAAGCCAGGGUUUUCAGCCUGCCCACUCCAUCCCUUAACCCUUAAGGCGCAGUUGCCCUGCAAGCAAGUGCCUGCACUCUCCCUUCAUAGCACUUAGCACUGGGAGGGGAAGAGGGGCAGGUCAAAGCCCCCCUGUCCCAGAUGGCACCAAAGGUUUGUCCUUUCCCAGUCACAUAAUAUUUCUGGUGCUGCAACCUUUGUAAAGUGAGAAGGUUGUACUUAAAAAUUAGAUUAAUAAUAGCUCCUCUUUAUUAUAUAGCCAAGAAAUGUUAUUUGCUUUUGUUACUGAGUGCUGACGGUAGCACUGUUCUAGCUCUUACAUGGAUUAUCUCAUUUAAUCUUCACAAUAGUCUUCCAACACAGUACUAGCAUUACCCAUGUUUACCAGUGAGAUGAACUUGGCCACCAUCUGGCUAAUGCAGGAAGACCAGCGUUCAGACCCAAGCUGUCCUGCUGUGUCACAUAUCCUCAUUUAGGUUUUCUUUUUUUUCAGUUUUAUAUAAAAUGGUUCAGGCUUACCAAACCAUAAAGAAGAACAAAUGCUGUCAGCUACAUGGUUGCCCAGGAGCUGAAGAAUUCCCUUUGGACAAACAGACACUCACUCUAAGCCACUGCGUUGGCUUCUUUCAGCAUGAACAUUCCCCCUUUCUAGGGGUAAACCACUACAGAGAGUCCCCUGGCAGCAGAGCAAAGUGGCCCGCAGAGCUGAAGCUCCAUGCUCCCUUUCUCUGGGUGAAAGAAGGGAAUGAAGGGGCAGACAGUGGAAGAGCAGCAGGCACCUGUGCCCUUCACUGGCCCAGAGUGCCAACAGCACACAGUAGGCAACCCAGAGACUCCACGCACAUACUGUGUCACACCCAGGUUCCCCCAAGUAGGCUGGAACUCUGCAGUUACUUCCAGGCCAAUUUUAACUAGUGCCUUCAUAUAAAAAUACUUUCAUUCUGUCCAUGUCCAUGACCUGUGGCCAGCAGCAUUUUACAAUGAAGGAGUGGGUAAUACACAGAAUAUAUUUCCCAUAGGGGACAGCGAGCCAAUUACAUGUAGAUUUAUGAUGCUACAAACUUGCUUUUUGUUUUGAUUUUUAAAAAUUUGCCUUGAGCGCAACUAUGGCAGACUUCUGCCCAUGCCCGCUCCAUACAGUCAUGUCUGUGACUAAUUUCAGUCCUCUUCCCUUCCAUCAGUUGAAGCCAUGGGUAUACAUGUGUAUCAGAAAUGAUUCUUGGCUGCUCAGGAGCCUGCAUGUUUUAAGUUCUGCUAGCGUCUUUCCCACCAAAUGUGGUUAGAAAACCCAGCUUCUCUAGGAUUGCCAUUGGUGUAAAGGUUUCCUUCUGAAAGGGUAGCAGUAUUUCUGAUGCAGCUGGCAUUUUAGGUGUGUAUAUAAUUUACCAAAUUGUUGACCACUCAGCUCUUAUUCAGUGGUCACAAAAGGAAUUAGCAGCCCUCCCCUGCUACCCCAAAACCCAAAGAAGGAAGGGUGUUACUUGGCUUUGACCCAGAGGCCUGCUGGCAAACAGAGUUAAACAGCAGCACAGUGGUACGUUUUGGCCAUAAAAGGCUUUGGGGUGGCAGAAAGGGCCAAAAUAGUUGUGGCAUAAGUUGGCUAGGAUAUUAAGCAAAUCUGAGUUUAAUUUAACAUAGAAACAACACCUCCCACCCGCACCCUGCUGGUUGGAAUCAGCUCAAGAGGCCAUUCAAAUGCUGGCAGAGCAAGAUAGGCAAUGGCUCUGCACAGCCUAGGAAGAUGGAAGGAGAAGGAAGGGACACCGGGAUGGGCUGGGGUGGGGGCUGAAAGUGGAUCUUGAGGUUUGAAUUCCUUCUGUGAGUUUGCUUAAGCCACAUUGCCUAAGCUUAGAAUAGAGAGGCAGGCAGUCUGUCUCCUUGGGAUAAGGAAGGAUUUGGAACUCAGUGACUGUGAGGUCCUGGCCCCUACUGUGUUUCUGGUUUGUUUUGUUAGCAGGAGCAAGUUAUUCUAGUUUCUUGCUUCUGGAUUUUCUUCAGCACACUUACAAUGAUGAGUCCCUACCUCACCGAUGGUGGCUGGUGGCGGGCUGGGCUGAACGGGGUAAUGAUGGGGUGGGGAGAGAAGUUGAUUCAGCUGCCUAAGACGAGGGAGGUAGGAGAACUUCAGACCUCAGAGGCAGCUUCCGAAUCCACGGCAGGUGGAGCGGCCAGGGUGCCACAAGGCUGAAGUCAUCUCCAUCCAGGAGAGAGUUGCAAGGCCUCUGAGCCACUGGUGCGCCAGCCUUGCCAGUGAGCAAAACCAGCGUUUUGUCCAAACUGCAGCUGUGUUGCUCAGGAACUGGUUAGCAGUAGAGAAGCUGAAGUGUUUAGAGGAGUGAGUGCAGCCUAACCAACCAGAAAUGAUUGCUAUACACACAGAAGUGGUAAUCAUUGUAAGUUUUGUGUUGCAUAUAUUUACCACAAUUUAAAAAGAAAGAAAAAAGAAAGAGCAGCAUCCCUUUUCACAGCAAACAGUUACGAGCACCCCAGGAAAGUACUGUCACUGCCUGACUUGUGGACCUCAUUUUAGCACUCUUGAGGAUCCGUUCUGUGCUCGGUACUGUGCACUGUGAGGUCCUGUACUCUGUGAGGUGUGAGACAGGGCACAGUUUGUGGGCCGGCGUGUGCUGAAGGAGCCCCGUGAGCUGCGAGCAGAGAGAGGCACACAGGAGGACAGGCAGCCUCGCCCCUUAACCGGGGCUGCAGAGCCACACCUGCCAAGGUCCUUGGGUCCCAGUCAGGAGCUGGGCUCUUACCAAGACUCUGCUGCGCCUAAGCGAAUAAAAUAAAAUGUCACCUGAGCGAGGUUUCGGGUCUGCUCACACGAACUUUUGAAAGUAAUUUCUGAGGAGAAAGAUUCAACCUUGAACUCAAGUCUUUAUCUUAUCUGUCGGGCUCACCCUCCAGAGAGCACAGAAGGUGCCCAUAAGUCAGGACGAGGAGCCCUCACGGUCAUGGCAGGGGUGUGCAGGUGGGUGCCAGCAGCGUCCCGGUGCCAGUGACAUUUCUCUUUUUCUCUUUAGGACCACAUGGUCUUAAAGCAGACAGUUGGCUUUCAGGUAACUUCAGAGAACUACAGGGCGGGGUUACUUCAGCGUGGUUUCUGAGAGGCAGCUUAGCAUAAGAGCUGAAGGCAUCGAAUCUGAAACGGACAGUGGCCAACACAUGUCUAUACCCAUACCUACUGGGUUUCUCUGAGCACGUUCCUUAAAUCUGUUUUGCCUCAGUUUCCUUCUCUGUAAGAUAAAACCAGUUAACAAACCUAUCCCACAGGACUGUGAGUCAGUGAGGUAGAAAUAUGUAAAGCGCCUUGGAGAUGGCUUCUCAUGGCAUGAGGGCUCUGAGUGCUGCUAGAGAAACCCUACUGCAGUGUGAGCAAAGCUUACUGGCUGGUAAAGCUGUAUAAGGCUUUCUCAUGCUCCCUCUGACCACAGGUUGUUUCUUUCCCGUGUUCUUUUUUCUGACCAGCAACUCCAACUAUCCAUGAGUAGCAAGAACGCCUUCACUGUCUGAAAUACCUCCAGGGGAUUCUGUAGGUGAACAGCGUGACAUGUAUUUCACAUCCUACUUCUGUCACUACUCUCAAUCUUUUCUAGUUUAGGUGACCUCAAUUUCUUUGUCUCUGACUUGGAUACUAAUGUUUCAAAUGACUGAUGAACUAGCAAAAUAAAUCCUGACAUAUGUGAGAAAAUAAGUGUAAUAAAAAUACUUUUUCAGAUGACCCAGGAGAUAUCAUCAACGCCGGCAUUUAAAGUAAUACAAUGAAAGUAAUGCUAUAGUCGUUUUGCUUUGCCGUUCAUAUCCUUAAAAGCAGUAUCAUAAAGCUGAGUGACUGGGCUAGUAGAAGAAGCAAAAAGAGACUGGAAUCACCACACUAUCUAGCUCAAAUUCAAAGUUCAAGUUUGGUGGGUGAUAUCACUACUAAUAUUGUAAAUUUAAAUAAUGUAACUUUUUCUGUUGACUGGACUCUUAUUCUUUAGUAAAAAGUUUAUACGUAAGUGCAAAAAUAUACAUGUAAACACAUACAUAGUCAUGUAUUUAAGGAAAUGAUUUCCUUUCCAAUAUUUGAAAAUUCUUAGUUAACUUUUAUUUUAUUAAUGCACAUUCUUAAUCACAAUUAGCUGUUUCCUAGGACACCCUAUAAUUCAUACUCCUGAUAUCACCUUGUGAUAAGAAUUACAAGUAUAUAGGCAGUUUGCCAUCCUUUAAAAAGACAGUGAAACUAAAGAAAAAGCAGUAACCUGUGAAUGGGGAAAGGUGACGAAGUGUUAGGAGGAGGGGGUAAGGGCAGCUGGCCCAAGCGUGGCUUUGGGAACGGUGGAGAGAGAGAACUGCCUGCCUUGAGACAUGUUAUUUUUCCUGUGGCUUCUUGUUCCUUCCCACUCCCACCUCUCCCAGUCUGAGCUUUGAGUGCAGUUGAAUUUUUACCACAGAACUUGGCCAGGUCUCCUAAGGGACUCUCUUUUUCCCAUCUUUCCAUAAAUUAUAGGUUUGCACAUGAGAGCAGAACAGAUGAUUCCCAUUAUCUUUUGGGUUGGGUUAGGGUGGUAUGUGUGUAAACCUCCUGCCCACUCUUAAAAUAUGUGUGCUGGUUCAACCAAUGAACUGGUCCCCUCCUCAGUAGAGUGGUUUUACUCUGAUUUCCUUGACCAGUGUUGACUGAUAAAUUUCCUUGGCCUUUACGUAGGAAGUCAUGGCUGUGUGAUAGCAGGGCCUUGUGAACUGCUCGCCCACAUCGCCAGCAUCUGGAGCAGUGCCCGGCAUUCUACAAGCUCCUGCUGAAGGGAUGUGGAGAUUUGUCUCCUGAUUUCGGUAGCAAACUGGGAGUUUUAGAACAUUUUUUUAAUUUCAUAUAUUACUUAUUCACAUCACAGUAAAGUAAUUGGACAGAUCUGAAAAAGCUAAUUUAACCCAGAACAUCGAGGCCAGGUAGGGGUAAAAUGUACAAGUUACCGAAAGCUAGAGUCAGUGCUAAGAGUUAAGUUUGGGGGCUCUAAUCCAAGGUCUUUUCUUUGCUUGUCUCCAAACCAUGUUCAAGCACAGGAGUGAACAGGGAAAGGAGUGCACGUGUUGCAUUUGAGCUUAUUCUGCUGUUUUUGGUGUCCUAAAGGCUUUAAGAUAAGUCUUCUGAAAGAAAUAGGUCCAAGGGAACAAUGCAAAGUAAAAUGAAAAACUGUGGCAUAUAAAUUAAGAGGACUAGAAUGUAAUUUACUUCACAGUCUGGAACAUUUUGGUGUGUUUAGACAAAAUAUGAGUAAAAGGGUGUUUUGUUUUUUUUUUUAAUUUCCUGAACCGGGCAUGGUGGCACAUGCAAGUAGUCCCAGGAGGAAGGCUGAGGCAGGAGUAUCAUGACAAGUUGGAGGCCAGCCUGGGCUACAUAGUGAAUUCAAGGCCUGACUGCAUAGCAAAAACCCCGUCUCAAAUCCCAAAAAUAUUACAGAUGAUUUUUAAAAAUACCCUGAAAACAAGAAAGGAAGAAGAGAGGUAGAAGAGACGAGAUUUAUAACAGAAGAAUGGUUAAUGUUUGCAUGAUUUAGUAGGGGAGUUGAGGAACCUGCCCGAGAGGAAGCAGAGAUGAUGACCACUUCCUCAGAGAGGCCGCCUGGCCAGGAAAAAGAAGGCUGUCCGGAGAGCGCCAGCUCCGGCUGGUGUGCUGCGACAGACAGCCGAAGGAGGGCUGACGUGAGCGGCUCAGUUCACAGCACUGGAGGGAGAGACAAACUUGAGUAAGGAGAAAAGGGAGGAGAUAAAGAGGUUUCCAAGAUCAUGCCAUAGAGAUGGAGGACACUGAGAAAGACAGGCGUUUGUCUAGUCCAGACCCUUCUGAAUGAUACCACAGACAGGCCGAAAAUAGACAAGGUCUAGGAAUUGCUAUGAAUUCCCAGGGUGGCCUUAUCUUGUACUUUAAUAAGCCAAAUAUGUACUUGCCCACUAUCUCCUUGCCCUAACCUUGACCACGUCCUCCUAAAUUAAUGCCCUCUCUUUCUACUUGGCCGUCCUGGCAGCGCUGUUGUUCUCUCUGUACUAAAUAUAGUUCAGGGACAAAAGGAAUGGGACACAUGAAAGGCAACAGCUUAGGAUACAUUAAUAUGCGUCUUUCUUGUUCAGGACCAGCUAAUCCAUCUUAGGAUCCCCCUCGAACCACCCCUUUUUGAUGUUAGCAUUUUAUUUGCUGAUUUAUUGAUAAGCCCUCCCUUACUAUAUUUCAAACUACGAAUUAAAGUAUAACUUGUGCUCCUCUGAGGAUUAAAUUCUAUAUUAAUUCUCUUAUUUACUGCAAACGGCUGAGACACUGAUUUAUAUUUAAAAAGCUGAUACACUUAGGCAGCCCUGUUUACCUGCAUGGCUGAUUUAUGGCUGACUUACAGUUAAAAGCCUGAAAGCUUCUUUGCGCUGUGACAUUUUUGUAUCGAACGUGUUGUUUACUCCAUCAAAAGGCAAAAACAUACCAUUCAGGUUUGUGGUUGGCUGGGGAAAGAAGGCAUGGAAGGAAACUUACACAAAGUGAACAAUAAAUUGCCAUAGAUGCACAUGGAACAAGUUAUUCAUUUAACUUUAAUUUAGUAAGAUAAUUAUCAUUCAUAUUCUCUAGCUAUCAGUUCUUUCCAGAAGUAUGUCGCUAUAUUACCACAUUCCUGACAUUGCCUAAUGUAGGCCUACACCAGUGUCUUCAGGGGGUGUUUCCCAAAGUGCGAGAUAAAUAAGAAUAGUAACUAACAUGUUUUACUCUUCAGAUGUGCUGAUUACUGUUCCAAGACCAUUGCAUAUAUCCAUCCACUUGCUCCCCAUGAACAAUCCAUAAUGUAGAGUGUACAUUAUUAUUCUUCCCUAUCACAGAUGAAAGCCUUAAGGUCACCAGCGAGAACAUGGGAAGGUUGGAAUCUGAACUUAGGCAACUUGUUUUGGACGGUGCUCCUGAUUACUAUGCCAGGACGCUCCUGAUUCUGUGGAAUGUCUACCAAAACAGUGUUAAUUGAUACAGAUAAUAAUUUUUUUUAUAUUUUUUUAAAUUUUACUUAAGGAGAAAAAACAGAAAAAAAGGGUACAAGUUAUACAGAAUUGUAGAAAAAAUAAACAGUAGGAAAUCACUAGUUAAUAUAAUACAUAUUGUCAUCUUAGAACUAGUUGUUCAAGUUACAAAAUUAAAGCAUAUAAAGUGGACAUUCAAACAGUGGAUACAGAUAAUAAUUUUAGGCAAUACAGUAGCAUGGCUUAAAAUUACAUGGAAUUACAUAAUAAGAAAAUUACUGCCUUCAUCUCCCUAUUCAGGUUAAACCAAACAGAAAAUUUCAUUCUGAUGCUGGUAUGACUUGAACCCUUGCCACCUGCUACCAGUAAUCUCCUUUUCAACCACAGAGUUGAAGUCAGAAAGAAAGGUGCAGGCCUUGCCAGCAUUUGUGUUAGCUUGAUUUUGUGGCCCAGGAUACUGGUUUUUUUAUUUAUGGUGUUCAUAUAUGGCUUCAUAUUUUAACAACUUAAGUACACAGAUGAUUCAGUUUAUACAGAGUGUUAAUCAUGCAGGUGGAAUGCGGCUCUGACAGUAUUGUGAAGGUAUUCUCACAUGAUCGAAGUUUGGGAAUCGCUGUCGUGAUUUUUCCAUUUGGAACUUUGAAGCAAUAGCUUUGGCUUUUAAUGACUUUUAGUGGCUUUAAUUCAUAAAUGACUUCUGUCCUUGCUGAACUCUCCUGUGCUUUUAUCAUAGAGAUUAUCGACUUCCUUGUGUCGGUGUGGGGCUCAUCUGUGUUGCAGCUUUCACUGCUCCACAUACGGAUAUCUGGCCUAAACCAUAUCUUUUUUCUGAAAUCGUUCCAUUUCUGCCUCCAUUGGUUUUAAAAUCCUCUUCCAUUUUGUGAAAUGAUAGUGAGAUAGAUGAUAGAUUUUUUUGUCCUUUUUUUUUUUUAAAUCAGUACCGGGGAUCGAACUCACGACCGCCUGCUUGCAAGGCAGGUGCUUAUGCCGCUGAGCUAAAUCCCCAGCCUCAGGUAGAUGACAGAUUUUGCUUUGAGUUUUAGUAUCCUGGGUUGGCAAAACUAAAAAUUGGAAGCUUAAAAAAUAAAUUGUACUGAGCCAGAACACAAGAGAUUUGCACGCCACAGCUAAGUCAAUUACAGGGCAGUUCCUCCUAGGGGCCUAGCAUUCGUGAGCAUUUCAGGAAGGUGACAGGGACUCACACAACCUUUCUUUCUACAGUGUAUUCAGGCACCUUUUUAAAAGUAUAUUUGCAAUACCUAAGCACUUUCCACAGAGAAAUUAUUAAAGAACUCCUGCUUGUGAAAUUUUCGUAUGCUAGCUAAGAAUAUAUCUCAGCAGCAGAGCACUUGCCUGACAAGCAUGAGGUUGUGAGUUCGAUUCCUGGUACCAAGAAAAAAAAAAAGAAGGAGGAGGAGGAAGAGGAGAAGGAGCAGAAGAAGAGAAGCAGUUUCCUUAUGUCUAUAACACUAAUUAUUAAUAAAGUAAUUUUUAAAAUAUGAGGUAUCUGAUUCAGCUAAUUACUAUGAACAGUCAGUCUGUUGGUGUAAUUACAGAGUUGUCUGUCCCUCAGCAUACUUAGGAUUCUGCCCCACCCCCUGCCAAAGUCUGAAUGCUCAAGUCCUUUGUGUAAAAAGACAUUGUAUGUUCACAUAGCUUACACAUGGCUUGCUUGAAAUCAUUUGUAGAUCACUUAAUAAUACCUAAUCCAGUACAAAUGCUAUGUAAAGUGGUUGCUGUACCAUAGUUUAUAUCAAGAAAAAAAGCAGUUGGUCUAUCCAAAUAUUUCUAAUCCAUAGUUGGUUGAAUCCAUGGAGAUGAGCCCCACAGAUACGGGGUGCCCAUGAUACUUUAUUUCAUAUUUUCUUUCAAAAUAGAAAGUUCAGAGAACAGCUAAGAAAUACUUAAGAAAAAAUAGAAAUAAGCAGUCAUUCUUUGGUUUUAUUUCUAACAUUGCUGCUGUUUUUUCUGGAACUCAGAACACAGAAGAAAAUUUGAAAAGUUGGUUUUUCUUCCUCUUUCUCCUUUUAAAUUUCUUCCCUUGAUGAACACAUGAUUUCAUAUGGAAUUUCAGAGUUGGUCUAGAAAAAGUCCAUUUGCAGACACUGAUAGAUUUUUCUUUUUCUUUCUUCUUUUUGUACUGGGAAUUGAACUCAGGACCUUGCAUAUGCCAGGCUGGCACUUGUGCUGCUGAGCUAUAUCCCUGGCCAUGAUAGAAUUUUAAAAGGAAGAGCGUGAGGCCCAAAAUGUCCUUGUCAAGGAGGCUAAAGUUGGAAGGGUUGACAGCAGAGUUGAAGUACAAACAAGCAGCAAAUUUAAAGACUCCAGCAAGAUUUUAUUUAACUUUUUUUUAAAGAGAAAAAACAAUAAAAACAAGACAAUUUCAAAACAAGAUGAUGGGAAAUUAACAGUGGUUAUUAUAUUGUGUAUUGUUAUCUUUCAAACAAUCCCAAUCAAAAUACCAUUAGCAUACCUCACAGAUGUAGAGAAAACAUUCCUAAAAUUCAUCUGGAACUGGAAGAGACUUAGAAUAGCAAGGGCAAUCCUGCAGAAGCAUCACAAUCCCUAGCUUGAAAUUAAAGUACAAAGCUACUGUAAUAAAAUCAGCAUAGUACUGACAAAAAAAACAGAUCUGAGGAUCAGUGGAACAGAUUAGAAGAUACAGACACAAUUACAAACACACUCAGCCAUCUUAUCUUGACAAAGGGGCCAAACACAUUCACUGAAAGAAAGACAGCCUCUUUAAUAAGUGGUGCUGGAAAAACUUGUUCUCCAUAUGCUGAAAACUAAAAGUAGACCAUGUCUAUCACCAUGCACUAAAGUCAAAAUGGAGAAAAAAAUCUAAUAUCAAAGCAGAAAUACUAAUCUACUGAAAAACAGUGUGGGUAGAAAUCUCAACAGGGGUUGGCAGACAGUCCAGCAAGUUUUUUGUUUGUUUUUAUUGGUACCGGGCAUUGAACUCACAGCCGUGAGCUUGCAAGGCAGGCACUUAUGCCACUGAGCUAAAUCCCUAGCCUGGGACUGAUCUCAGGGGGAUUGAACUCACAACUGGGCACUUACAAGGCAGAUGCUUAUGCCACAAAGCUAAAUCCCCAGCCACAUCCAGCAAGUUUUAAAGCAGCUCAUCUGGUAGUCUGAGCCAGAGAAGAUUUGGCAGGGUCAAGGCCAAACAUUAACCCCAAGCGACAGAAGGGAACUAGCCAGAGAGCUCCCACAAGACUCUCUCAAAGCCCUGUGCCACACUGUGCACUUACAAGGUGUGACUGGCAGGUGCAGAGCUUUUGUUCUACUGACUCUGAGUGGCCGUGGCCUUUACAGGGCUUUCCUUGUGCCUUAAAGGGUCUUCAUGGAGAGAAGGGCAGGUUCUCAUUCUCAUCUACAGGGAAACCUCAGCUUCAGCGGCACAUGUGAUUGACAGGUUUGUUCGGUUCUGAGUCCAGGCUCCCAGUCCAUCUGGAGUCUUUAGUUGUCCAGGCCAAGAGGACCCAGGCAGGCCUAUCAAUCAACUCAUGUCAUCUGUCCUCUUGGGAUUAGAAAGGACCCAGAGCACCACAGGAGGCAGGCCAGACUGAGCCAAAUUAGCACCCAAGUGGGCUAGUAAUUUGUCAUUCUAUUGAUUAACAUCGCCUAAUAUCAUGUACAUUUAAGUAGUACACAAUGUGUUUAGUAGUAAGGGGGAAAGAAACUAAAGUACACGCAGACAUACAAUGAAGAGAAUAUUUCACGCUUUAAUAUAUUUGGUCUUUUUGUUGUUGUUGUUACUUGUCAGCAAACUCUUACCAACUUUUCUUUACAUGCAGUUUUGUCAUCUGAGAUGAGGUAGCUUCCCCUCUUUCCUUUCCAAUCUGGAGUUUGUCAUUUCUUUUUCUUGCCUGAUUGCCCUGGCUCAGACUUCUAGUACAAUGUUGAAUAGAUGUGGUAAGAAGGAAAACAUUUGUCCAUUCAGCCAUUAAGUAUGAUAUUAACUGUUGCUUUUUCAUAAAUGCCUUCUAACAGACUGAAGAUGUUUCCUUCUGUUUCUAGUUUAUUGAGUGUUUUUAUCAAAGAAAUGUGGUAGAUUUGUUACAUGCUUUUUCUGUAUCUGUUGAAAGUAUUACUUGAUUUUUUUCUUUUUUGUCUUUUUCUUUUUUUAUCGGUACCAGGGAUUGAACUCACAACCACACACUUGCAAGGCAGGCGCUUAUGCCACUGAGCAAAAUACCCAGCCCCGUAUUACUUGAUUUUUAUCCUUUGUUAUUCACAUGGUGUAUUACAUUGUUUGGUCUUCCAAUGUUAAACUAACUUUGCAUUACUGGGAUACAUUCCAAUUGGUCUUAGUGUUUACUUGUUUCUCUAUGUUGCUGGAUUCAGUAUGCUAGUAUUCUGUUGAAGAUCUCUUCCCACUUUUUCUAUAGUUCUUAUUUCUGUAGAUUUUUGGUAGUACUUUUGCCAGAUCACUUCAUUAUAACCUGUAUGGAAUGAAAUCAGUCACUUGCCCCAUGUUAGCUGACGGUAACUCAGGCGGAUGUCAGCGACCGCAUUCCAGGGCUGCUGCCCUGGAUUACAGCUGCUCUGCACAUUGUCCACGUGCUCACUGCCCAAGUGCUCAGUGGGUUGUGUGUCAAGAAGUUUUAAAAUUCUUUCACUGCCAUCUACUUGUGCCCUACAGGGACUAGUUCACAUUUUCCAAUAGCUUAAUGAAUUGAUGUGAAGACCUGAGCUCACUGGCACCUUGUUUCUUUGGUGAUAAAUUAGUGCAUCUGAAAAGAAGGAGGAGGAGGAGGAAAGAGUAGGAAGAGGAAGAAGAGAAAGAAGAGGAAGGGAGAGGAAGAAGGAAGAGGAGGGAAAAAGAGAAAAAGGAAGAAGAGGAGGGGGAGGAGGAGGAGGAGGAGGAAGAUCAGUGAAUUCUGAUGGUUUGGUUCCUAGUCCUUAUCAUCAAAAUAGAUCUAAAGACGAAAAAGAGCUCUCUGGAAUUCUUUGCAUUUUGUGUUAUGCCUGUCUUGGUGACUGGCACCUUACCUCCCUGGAGAAAGGAGACUGAACACCCAGCAGAGCACAGGGUACCAAGCCUUGCCUGCUGAGGUAGAGCCACAGGUGGGAAGCCUUGCCACAUUUGAAUAUAUCUGAACUUCAGAGCCAGACAGUCAGUAUCUGCCUUUUAGUCUGAAUGAAGCACUCUGUGCAUGGAAAAUAAUUUUUAUUAUUUGACUAGAGCUGUAGGAUUACCCAACUCCCAUUGUGAUAACCCAUGCCUUUUAUAAUGUUUCAGAGAGCGAGGAAAAAGAAAACAAGAGAGAGCAACUCUGACCAUGGUCUAAGAGCCAGGUUCCUGUCACUAAGCAAUAAAAGAAAGGCUCAAGUAGCCCUUGCAUAAGUAGGAAUUUGUGGUUUCUAAAGCUGCCCACUCCCCAAACGACUAAAAUAUGUUAUUGGCACUUGGCAGUGUUUCCUGUGUUUUGCUCUCCUUAAAUUUCUUUGUAAAGGGGUUUGAGUCUAAAGGAUAACCACUGAAAAAUGCAGUUCAGCCAUAGAACUGUGAAUGACUGAGUCUGCAUUUAACCCAAAGAUGCCUUGCACUGUUUCGCAGAACCAGGCCUUGGAGUCAGUGUUACUCCGGGACACACUCGCAGGCCUAACGGUGAGCAGGAAGACAGCGGAGGAGGACCUGAGGGAAGAAAACAAGGAGGCCACACUGGCCCCAGGACAGUGCUGCCUUACGCAGAGCGUCCUCUUCACACUGGAGAGAACAGGGGCAAGGGGAGGGAACUUGAAGAAAGGGACCCAGGGAGCAGAAAGAGGACUUAGGGCUGGUGCUGCCCUCAUAGCACUGACCAUGGCGGGACAGAGCGCAGAAUUUCAGAGGGCCUCUGGACCCCACUUCGGUUUUUUUCGUUUUGUUUUGUUUUGUUUAGUCUUUUUUGUUUUUAUUGGUACCAGGAUCAAACUCACGACUGCCUGCUUGCAAGGCAGGCGCUUAUGCUGCUGAGCUAAAUCCCCAGCCCCCCCACUUCAUUUUAUAAAAAGUUGUUUCUUCUCAUUUUGUUUUUUCCUGGUUGUAAAAGCACACUGAUUUCAGCAAACUUGGGAAAGCAUGGACAGUUGCUAACAAGAAAAUAAUCCUCCAGGCUGCAUGGUGGGCUCCGACGCCAGCCUUGGCAGCCCGGGUCAGGUCCUCAGCUAUUGUGAGCACUUGUGGGAGAGCCCAUUGCCAUAGUUGGUUUCCUUUUUGCAGGACAUUUAGGGCUUCCCAAUUCUUUAUUAUUAAUGACAUGCUCUAAUUAUGUUCUUGUACAAGAUCAUUUUUUUUAUUCUAACUUAAGGUGAAUUUAAAAGAGGAACUACUGUAGUCAGAUGCAUUUGGGCUUCUUUUUAAAAAGCCCUGGGUAUUUUUGUACUCACUAGCAGUAUAUUUUCCCUUCAGAUAACUAGACCAUGAACUGUUGUCAUUAAAAGCUAGAACGUGAACUGUUGUCAUUAAAAACACCACACAAACAUUUGAUAAUUUUAGAGGCAAAAGGGAUUGAGACUACUUACUGUUUGACUUUGCAUGCCUUUUUUAUUAUUUGUGAGACUAAAUUUUUUUUACUGCAUUUAUAACUACACCUACUUUUAAUGAAUUUAUCACAUCCUAUGCCCAAUUUGGACAGUGUGGGAUUUUGUUUUUCUUUUUUGGUACCAGGGAUUGAAAUGACCUCAAGCUUGUCAGGCAGGUACUUAUGCCACUGAGCUAAAUCCUCAGCCCCAUGACAGUCUGUUUUUUAGUUACUUAUAUAUUAAAGCUGUCAGCACCUUAUGUGUGAUACUAUCCCUAGUUUUGUUGUUUUCCCUUUAAUUUUCUACAUGGUGUUUUUUUAGUAAACACAAGUUUUCAACUUCAUGAAUUCAGAUCUGUCCAUUUCUCCACUGUGUAAUUUCUUCUGUGGCUUGAAAGCAUAUAAAGCCCUUCUCUGUCCUCACAUAUAAUUGUCUGCAUUUUCUUGGUUGUUUUAAUAGUUCAUUUUAGGGUCUUGGGGUACAGCUCAAUGGUAGAGUCCAGCAUACCUAAGACCCUGGGUUUGAUCCCAAGCACUAAAAAUUAUUCUGUAAUUCAACAACUUAAUGAAUUUGUGAAAUUUAUCUUUUUGGUACAAAGUGAUGUGUGUCAAUUCCCUCCCCCAUGGGCAAAUCAUGCAUUCAAGUUCCAUUUUUUUGAGUGUUUUCCCACUGGAGUCCAGUGGUACACACCUGUAACCUCAGCACCGAGGGAGGCAGAGGCAGCAAGAUCCCAAAUUCCAGCUCCACCUGAGCACCUUAGCAAGACUCAUGCAAAGGACUGUGUAUAUAGCUCAGUGAUAGCGCACUGCGGGGUCAGUUCCCAAUGCCACGCACACACAAGGGUGCCUCCUGUGCUGACUUUGGGUGAUCAGACUACAUUCCCUGGAUUCUAAGCGCAUGUGUUUCUGAGCAGUCAUUUAUAUUCCUUAGUAGCAAUUUCAGUGCCGGUAUCACUUAGCUGAAUUUUAUAUUUUGACAUUUGGUGGCAUAAACACAUCCUUAUAUUUGGGAGGGGGUUGUUAACUUAUUUUGGAAUCAAGAAUCAAACUCAGGACCUCACACUUAUUAGGCAGGCGCCAUGCCACUGAGCUAUACCCUCAACCCUACAUCCUUAUAUUCUUGUUUUAAACAAUUAUCUUAUUUGUGUCUAACAGUUUUACUCUUCCAGAUCAAUUUCAGAAUCACUUUAUCAACCCAGUUCACUUUUUAAACUAUUUUAAUUAUUGUGCGUACCAAGUGGACUUUUUGCUUUUACUUAAACAGAAAGAAUUCGUAAUUUGGGACUUGAAAGAAACACAGAUGUAAUUUAAAUUUUUGUUAAGUUCAUAAGGUAGAGAAUUAACUUAAAUAAGAUUGAAUGAUCACAACCAAACGCUGCUAGUGCUUAUCAGGAAGCAGCUGCAGGGCAGCCAUUGCCUCUGGGGCUGCACAUUAGUGUUAAUGUACAAAAGGAGCUAAACACACACGGAUACUCCAGUGUUGCUGUACUUUUUACCAUCCAUGAUCAAGAAUACUGGUCAUCUCAGUGAUAAAACACUUCUCACUAUCAAUUCAAAGCUUGUACCUUAGUAUCACUCUGGCUCCUCCCAGGGCUCAUCUUCCAGGAGUGACUCACGUCCCCUCAAAGUCCUAGUUCGCCUGUGGCGUGCGACUCGCAGCCGCUUCUCCAUGCACCCUCUGCUCCUUCCCUCAGACCGUAACCCCUUCUGGUUGAAGACUUGCCAUUUUGUUGGGACAAAGCUGCAAUUUAAAUGUUUGGAUCCACAGCCAGCAGCAGGAAUGUUUCAGAAAUACUCAGUUUUAGCUUUUUGAAUGCAAAGGUUGAAUACACUUGGAAGGCCUAAAAUAGAAAUGGGACAAGAGCUGUUUCUCCUUAGCAAGCGAUCUGUUUAGAACUACAGAUGACCAUGGAGCAAGAAGGGACUAAUUAGGGGCCAGUACACCUUGGAAAUGAGACAGCAUUUGAGCCAGUUGUGUAAGAUAUGACUUGAGAAGAACCGCUUUAAAGGGGGAGAACCAAGCUCUGAGAUGGGACAGGCCCGAAUCCAAAUUCCGGUUUGAAUGCAUCUUGACUCUGACCAAAAACUCCUAACCUGUCCAUAUCGAGUUUACUUAUUUGUAAAACUAGUAUAAUAGUUAAGUUACAGUGAGAAUUGGGAAUAAGUGCAAAAAGCACCAAAACUCACAUAUGAUAGCAGCACUGAACGGUAGCUGUUGUAACCUAACCUUUUCAGGCGCAAGCAGGCAACAUGCAAACAGAAGACUGGAAUCUAGUGUGGAAAAAUAAGCUGUGUUUAGCAUCUCCUCCUGGAGGGGCACAAGAGACUUGAGGGGUUCUUCAUGGAAGAAAUUCCAGCUCGAUGCGCAUGGUACGACAGCAUGGUGACUAGGGCUUGGGCUCUAGGAGUCUAGCUGCCCACUCUCCACUUGCAAGCUGAAUGACCUUGGAGAUGGGCGUAACGUGCUAAACCUGAGCUUCAGCUCCUGUAAAACUGGGAAUGAUAAAAACACUGGACUUUUAGGGCUCUUGUAAAGAUCAGUACUAAUAGUUAUUAUUAUUUAAUGCUCACUAUGUGUCUGCCAGUGUUGGAAGUGCUUUGCGUAUCUUAAACUGGAUCCCAGUUAAAAGCUUAGUAUGGUGACCAGCACAUGUUAAGCGGUUAAUCAUUGCUGAGCGAUGGUGGUGAUUAUUGCCAAUUUCAUUAUUGUUGUUUUUAUUAUUUGGUCAAACCUGAAUUUUACUGAGAUCCCUAUGCUGAUGGCAUAAAGAGUAAGUUGGAGUACUUGGAACUGAGGCCAAGAGUGCACGUUUUACAAUUCAUUGAGCCAGACGCUGAAGAUUUGGGUGUUGGGAGGGACUGUAGCUCAGAGGCGGAGCAUUUGCCUGGCAGCUGUGAGAUCCUAGAUUCAGUCCCCAGCGCUGAAAACAAAAGGCGGCAGCAGCAAACAAAGUCUGUGUCCUUUUCCUUAAAUAUAUUAAACUUAAGGUUUUAAAGAUGUAAUUUUAAAAAGGAAAUAAAUGAACCUCUUCUACUUUACCUAAGCUAGUCCACAACUGCUUGGAGUUCCAAUUAGCUACACUGUUUUCACUACAGAAAAUAAGAUUAUGAAGGACUAAGUAAAAUCAUUCUUCAGUUACUUACACUCAUGGAAGACAAGGAAGCCAAGGAAAACCGAAACUUCUACAACUCAUACUAGGUUCUGCUCUGGUCAGUAUUUCCUCUUCGUCAUAACUACUAAUGAAGCAAAGGAAUCUAAGCCUUCUCCCAUUUCUCCUGGCCUGGUGCACACAGGUGCUGGAGUAGCGGGACUCCAGGUUCUUGGGGUAUACGAGACAGUGAGUGCUACCAGACUGCAGACAUCUGCCCUCAGCCCUCCAGAAGGUCGGCUCUGCACUGGCUUGCAUUCUUAGUGCUUUUCUCCAUUUAGAUUUUCCAGACUUCUCAACAUGAUAUUGAAAUGCUUUUUCUUUGAAUAUCCACCUGCUGUAAAUCCAAAGUUUUCGUUUCUUUCUUUAGGGCACAUCUAGGACAGGUCAGUGAGUGCACUGACAUCAAACUAAGUGGUGAAACAUUUGAAUUGGGUAACAUACUUUGAUGUAGUACCCAGGGUAGUACAGAAUUUUUAGCACCUCUGAAUAGGUGGAGAAUGAAUUUUAAAAUCUGGUGUCAAUCCUCUUUCUCCUGCUUUAACUGUUCAUUCAAAAAAAACCCAAAACACAAUCUAAAACUGAUACACGUUAGCAGAGCAACCGGGUGCUCAAGCUGGAGCAUGUGCUCCAGGGAAGGCAGUCAUCAAACGCCAGUGAGGAAGGAGAAAGCCCUGGCCCAGAAAACACAUCUCAGCUGGGAGAGGGCAUUUAAAACAUUCAGGUGAAUUCUUAGCAAACACUGUGCCUCCUAGCCGAUUGCAUACUAACUCCUGGGCUGGUAUUUAAAAAGAUAAAUGUCCAGAUUUUAGUGAUAAUUAUGUAAACAGAAACCAAACUUAAAUUGCCGGGUAUUAGAUACGGAUGUUGACACUGCAUGUCUUAUAAAUCAUCCUAACUGAUUAGGCAGUGUUACCUUCCAAGCCUGAACAACUCCUAAGUAGGAGAGCAUUCUGCUUGGACAGCACGCCUCCAUGGAUAUAUGCCUCAAAUCUAAUGCCGUGACAGCAGGUUCGCUGAUAGGAAAUUCUGUGAAAAUAAACAUGUUUUAAAGAAUAAGUGAAAGUGGGGGCUGAGGAUUUAGCUCAGUGGCAUAAGCGCCUGCCUUGCAAGCACGCAGUUGUGAGUUCGAUCCCUGGUACUGAUAAAAAAUAGAAAAUAGAAAAAGAAAAAAAAAAUAAGUGAAAGUUGGGCAUGAUGGCGCAUGCCUGUAAUCCCAGUAUGCAGGAGGCUGAGGCAGGGGGAUUGCCCUGAGCUUGAGGCCAGCCUGGACGACAUAGCAAGACCUUGCCUUAAAAAAAAAAGAAAGAAAAAAAAAAUAUAUAUAUAUAUAUAAUAUAUAUAUAUAUAUGAGUUAUAAAAACCAAACAUGAAGAUUUUCUGUAUUUUAAUAAUGUCUACGUAUAUGCAAUAUGCAAAUUAUGUUUCUAAAGCCAUGCUUUUUUUUUAUAGUUUGAACACAUUAUAAAAGAAAUGUUUCAUAAUUAUUUAAAAAUCAAAGAAUACAGAAUCUUAUGUACUUACCUUACAGUGCUGAGGACCUAACCCAAGACCUCACAUAUGCUAGGCCAUUACACCCCAGGCCCAGAAUUACAUUUUUAAAGUCUCUUCUGUUCCCUACUUCCUAAGGAAGCUUUUGUUAACUGAGCAGGUCUGUGUCUUCAGAUAAUCCUCCAUGUUUACAGUGGUAAAGUUUUGCUAAACAGGAUUAAGUUACAACCUUUCAAUGUCUUGCCUCUGCUUUGCAGUUUGCGGGUCAUCUGGCCAUCUGUGGACACUGGAGGCAGGUGCACAUUCAGGGCACAGCGUUUAUUUCAUUCUUUGUAUUGGCUACAUAGUGUAGUUACUUUCUCCCUACCGUCAUUUGAGUUACCUAAGUUGAGGUGAUUUAACCUUAAUUCAGUUUUAAACCGAAACAGUUUUCCUCCAUUAGGGUCUGUGCUGCUGUGACACCCUCCACGUUUCCCGGUGCACUUGAGGAGCAAUGUCUUCAGUAUAAACUCAUUAAAGUACAGUGCUGGGCUGGGGAUUUAGCUCAGCGGCAUAAGGGCCUCCCUUGCAAGCAGACAGUCGUGAGUUCGAUCCCGGUAUCGAUAAAAAAGAAAAAUACAAAAAAUAAAUAAAUAAAUAAAGUACAGUGCUACCGUAGGUCAAGAGAAUGCUUUGAAAUUUGAUAGAUCUUGCCAGUUACCUUCCAAGCAGGCAGUCGUGAGUUCAAUCCCCGGUACCGAUAAAAAGGAAAAAGACAAAAAAAAAAAAAAAAGCAAGAAAA